CUUGCUAGCUAAGUAAAGUUGGUUGUGAUUAAGGAGGAAGUAAAAAGUCCUCCACAAGCAACCGUCAUCACCAUAGGUUACCAAAAUGCGAUCCUCUACAAUGCGAUGCUUCACCAUAUUCACCCUGUUACUUCUCCUUUCGCAGGGACACGCAGCGUCCCAUAAGCUUCUCUCUUCUCCAUUUUCAACCGCUCUCGAAACCCUCCAAAAACAACUCGGCUACACCUUUAAGAGCAUUGAUCUUCUCCGUCGCGCCAUGACCCACGCCUCCUUCUCCGAAGAAAACAACAAAGCUUUCGCCAUUCUGGGCGCCGCCGUCAUCGAAACUUCCGUCUCUUUUCACUUAUUAUCUAAAGACGUUGAUAUUUCUCCUAAAGAGCUGAACCGUCGAUUGUCCCAAGUUUCCAGCGUCGACUCUUCCUGCGCCGUCGACGGAACUCGAUUAGGGUUGCAAAAGAUCGUUCGCGUCUCGCCCAAAACCAAUUCCUCCACCCCUGCCGUCGUUUGCGGUGCGUUUCGAGCAAUCUUCGCUGCCAUUUCUAUUGACACCGGCAAGUCCGAUGAUGCAGGUAAUGUCUUCUGGAACCUUCAUGGCGGCGACCUAGGAUCUGCUGUGGCUCUUUGAACUAAGUUUAGUUUUCAAUUUUUCUUAUGUUUGUGUUUGCUGCUCAAGAUACUUCAUAGUGACUUGUGUGUUGGUUGUUUAUAGUUUCUUUUUAAGACAAUCUAGUUACUGCUAUUAGUGUUGGACCACUGGUUAUGCUGUGAAGCAGCGAAUGAUAAUCUAGUGUGAUCUAUAACUACUUGUUUGCUAACAGAAUGAGUAAUGAAGCAAGCUAUUUAGCUUUUUUUUUUUUUCUUUUAUGUUA